UAUAAGCAACCAUGUCUACCUACAGAGUAAAUUAGAUACAUGAUUCCAUCGAAUUUCUGAACAUAUAUAAUAUAAGCGGUAUAUUUUCCAAAACUGAAAGAGUUCAUAUCCGAAUACUGAUCUUCAUUAUGAAUAGAAACUGCUACAUUCCAGUUACCUGCACAGCUUCUGAGGCAGCGAGACAAACCAAUUACCUGCACAACUUCUGAGGCAGCGGAGACAAAAGAUGCACAACUUCCGAGCAGCGGAAACAAACAAAUCAUCUGCACAACUUCUGAGGCAGCGCAGACAAAAGAUGCACAACUUCUGAGGCAGCGGAAACAAACAAAUUACCUGCACAACUUCUGAGGCAGCGGAGAUAUAAGAGGAUGUGAACUCAGAGAUGAGAUUGAGGAAAAAAAGAAAGAAGGCCGUAAAGGGAGAGUGACAUCAACAACAGUAGCACGGGAACCAUUCCUUUCCCAAAACGGAAAAUUCAGCUCCGACUCGGAGAAUCGGCUAAGGGAUUUUCUGUGCACUACUCUCCUCGGACUUGAUUUCUGCUGUUGUUGCGGUUGGCUGAUCAAGCCGAUGUUGCCUGGUGGAGCUCCGAUUGUAUUCCGAUUACCAGUUCGAAUUCCGACCUAACCGGGUUAUUCCUUUCCCAAUUUGUUGAUCCGACAAGCCUGACCCGUUGGCCCGAGAAGCUAGUAGGUUCCCAGGGUGACGUGGCAUUUUGAUGAGUUGGCGGAUUCUCAACAACCUGGUGCUUUUCCACGUCGGAAGUGACCUGGCCCCUACCUGUUUUGUAUAAAAUUUCUUGAUGUGUGUUACCGAAAAUUAAGUUCUUGUUUUUGAAACAGAGUUCUUCUGGCAAUGGCUAGUUCUGGCUCCUCCUGUGCUGACUGGAAAAAGAUGGAAGACGAGUUCACAGCUUAUGGGAUGAGCCUCAUGAAUCCUCCCUCUUCCAUUGAUGAGCUCUUCAAACUUCUUCAGAAAGUUGAGUCUUUACUGAAAAUGGUAAGUCAGGACCCAUUUGAUUCGACCACAAGUGCAAUUAAACCUUUAAUGAAAGCACUGGUUAGGAAUGAUCUAUUGGGGCAUACGAGUGAAGAUGUCAAAGUUUCAGUGAUUUCUUGUAUCACUGAAAUUUCUCGAAUAUAUGCCCCAAAGUACCCUUACAAUGAUCAUAGACAAAUGGAGGAAAUUCUCCGGCUAACUGUAAUGGCUUUAAAAAAGUUAGCUGAUGUUACUAGCCGCAGCUACCGGAAGGUGGUCCGAGUUCUGGAAAUAUUCACAAAAGUAAGGUUAAGUGCAGUGGUAUUGGACCUCGAAAAUGAAAAGCUAAUCAUCGAGAUAUUCAAAGUCUUUCUCGAGGUCAUCAGGCCCUACCAUCCUCAUAAUAUAUUCACUUGGAUGAAAGAAAUCAUGACUCGGCUCAUAAAAGGCAGUGAUGAAAUCUCAGUAGAUCUUCUACGGCUUCUUCUUGAUAGUCUCAAAAUUGAUAAUCAGAUGGAUUCACCCGUUGCAUCACACUUGGUGGAGGAAGUCCUAAAAGACUGUGCUGCCAUUGUUAAACCUUACUUUGCAGAAGCCCUAAAGUCAAUGAGCUUAAAUUCUGGUGAUUAUGCCGAAACGGUUGCCUUAUUAUGCAAUGAAAUGCCAAAAGGAAAAGAAAUGAUGGCAACUGAAAAUGCACCUGAUACUGUACAUCACAUAAAAGUUGGUCCAUCUGAGGCUAAAUGUUGUGAGCCAGCGCGGCAGGAUGACACUCACAGGGAGAAGCUAAAGGAUACUUGUACAACAAACAUCAUGAAACCUGUCAAUCCAGAAGAUGUGCAACCAGCAACAAAUGUGCCAAAAGAAAACCAGGAAGGGACUGGAAGUCAUGAACUUACAGGUAGUCAUGGUCAUUUGUGUCAGCCCAAGAGAAAAGAGAUCCCGAUAAAUGAUGAUGAUGAGCUGGUUGUGUUAAUUCCAAUAGGAGAUGUGCCGCAAUCCCAAGUUCAGAAAAAAGAUUCUCUUCAUUUAGGUCUCACUUGGGGAGAGAGAACCAAGCGCACACUAUGUGCCAAAAGAAAACGAGGAAGCGACUCAAGGAAGAAUGAGUCUGCUUCAGAUUGUGACGCCGAGAGAACAUCUGAAUCUAGCAUAAAAAAUGAAGAAGGAAACCUCAAAGAACACAAGGAGCCAACACUGCAACAAAUUUUUGGAAUGAAACUGAGGAAGAAGAAGAAGAAAACAACUAAUAUUGAAGAAUCUGGAGAUAAGGAUUCUGAAAGCGCUCGUACGAGCAAAGAUUAUGGUGCAGAACUGAUCGGCGCUAAAAUAAAAGUUUGGUGGCCAUUGGAGCAAGCGUUUUACGAGGGAGUCAUUUCUUCUUUUGAUUCUGAGACAAACAAACACAAGGUCGUAUAUGAUGAUGGUGAAGUAGAGAAAUUGAGACUACAUAAAGAACGAUGGGAAAUGCUUGAAGACAAUUCAUCUCAAAAGGAUUCCAAAAGGCCUUGUUCCAUCAAAGAUUAUGGUAAGGAACUGGUUGGCGAUAGAAUAAAAGUUUGGUGGCCAUUGGAUGAAAAGUUUUACGAGGGAGUCAUUUCUUCUUUUGAUUCAGAGACAAACAAGUACGAGGUCGUAUAUGAUGAUGGUGAAGUAGAGAUUUUGAGACUACAUAAAGAACGAUGGAAGAUGCUUGAAGACAAUUCAUCUCGAAAGGAUUCUAAAAGGACUUGUACCAUCAAAGAUUAUGGUAAGGAACUCGUUGGCGCUAGAAUAAAAGUUUGGUGGCCAUUGGAUGAAAAGUUUUACGGGGGAGUAGUUUCUUCUUUUGAUCCUGUGGAGAGGAAACACAAGGUCGUAUAUGAUGAUGGUGAAGCAGAGAAAUUGAGACUACAUAAAGAACGAUGGGAGAUGCUUGAGGAUAAUUCAACUCAAAAGGACCAUGGAUUAGACUUUCAAGGCCAUGCUGUUUCAUCUGCUACGUCAUAAAGUACCGCAGAGUAGAAGGGCACUGAAUCAGUGGAAAUUUCUGUUGUGGAUAGGGAAGAAAACUCAACUGCUGGAAGUCUUGAAGAACUUUCAUAAAGCAGUGUGAUAUAAGUGUAACUACUAAAUUAGGUUUACCAUUAAGGGAUGUGAUCCAAUUGAUUGGAGAAAUGAGAUGCUAGUCUUAGAAUAUAUGA